AUGCCAGGCGCGGGGCCUCUUACUGGGAGAAGAUCGGUUCUCCCUAGAGUCCUGGGAGAUCGUGGAAAGGAAUGUAUCAGGGAGUUAUUUGCACUAACAUGGUUCUCUCGCGUGUGGGUUCUUCAGGAGGUCGGCUUGGCCACCACCGCCACAGCCUCUUGGGGCGAUUCCAGUAUCGACUUUGGCCAGAUUGCUGUCUUUGUUUACAACGUCUUCACCGAGGAGGAUUUGAAGUUUUUCCUGGGUCCUGAGUUAUCAGCCACCCUCCUGGGCUCUCCCUUGUAUGCCCUUUGGAACGUCUGGUCCACGUAUGAGAAGAAGGACUCGUGGAUGCAACGGACGCCCACUCUUCGCAGAUUCGCCGAGGGGAUCAUUUCUAGCUGCGAUGUCGACUUCACACUCGUCCUAGAGGCUGCGCAGCACUUCAACGCGACUAACAGCCUGGACUAUGUGUAUGCCUUCUUGGGCCACCCGAAGGCUAAGAAGCCAGGCACGGACACGACAUGGCUUCAGGCGGAUUACUCGCUGAAUCUGCAGGACCAGCAUCGGCUUCUAGCUUCUAGCCUAGCAGAGGACUCUUUGAACUUUCUCGCGCAUUUGCAGCAGACAGAGGAAAGCUUGAAGGUAUCGGGAUAUCCAUCAUGGGUACCCCAAUGGGGGGAGAAGCAUCCGAUACAUGCGGAAGCCUUCUGGGAAGCCUGGGAUGCCAGUCUUCGAAAGAAAGAGCGUCGCCAAUAUCCAUCCAAGUCAGGCGGCGUUAAGCUCUCCAUCUCCGGGCUGAUAAUUGACACCGUCGACCAAUCCACGCCAACAAUGAAGCCAGACGACUUCGAGCCGAUAGACUGGGCGGGCGCCCGGCUCAUUGAAGAUUGCUGGAAACUGGCCACGCAGAACCCCCACGCCUACCCUCGCGAAAAGGUCAUCGAUGCCUUUGCGUCGACUCUAAUCUGCGACCACCGCCGACCUGGGCAUUCUGCCGUUGAGCUGUUUUCCGGGUUUUGCAUGCACGCCGACAUAAAGUUCUUCAAGAACAUGGAGACCACGGGCGGCGGGCUCUGGGACCUUGGGAUUGUCCUCGAGGGAAGCGAGGCGUUCGGCACACAGUUCAAGUGGUACGGGACGAACCGCCGUUUCUUCAGGACCAAAGCCGAGGGGCUCUGGGGGCUUGGUCCGGCGGCGAUGCAGCAGGGGGAUGUCUGUGCUGUGCUUUUUGGCGCCGACGUCCCGUUCGUCCUUAGGCCAACCGGGGUAAAGGGCGAGUACAAAGUUGUUGGGGAGUGUUAUAUGUAUAAUUUCAUGUAUGGGGAUGCUGUUUUGGCAUGGCGGGAAGGUAGUAACAGCUACACAAAGGAGGACAUUGUGCUGGUCUAG